AUGCCUCGCGAUAUCAAGCCAAUCAAAAUUUAUGGCGGCUAUCUUGGUCCGAAUCCGUUCAAAACACACAUCAUUCUUCGUGAACUCGACCUUCCUUAUGAAACCGACUUUAUAGAUUUCAGCCAGCUCAAAACUCCUGCUUACGAAUCUAUCAACCCGAACGGCCGUCUUCCGGCUAUUUAUGACCCCAACACGGACAUUACCCUCUGGGAAUCUGGAGCCAUCAUCGAAUACCUUAUCGAAACAUACGAUCAGGAUCAUACGAUCAGCUUUACGCGGGGAACAAAAGAGUCGUAUCAGACAGUUCAAUGGCUUUAUUACCAGGUGUCAGGCCAAGGUCCCUAUUAUGGCCAGGCUGUUUGGUUCAAGAGGUAUCAUGAGGACCACAUUGAAAGCGCCAUUCAGCGUUACGUGAAUGAGAUAAAGCGUGUUUCAAAAGUUCUUGAUCGGUGGUUAGAGAAGCGAGAGUGGCUUKUCGGCGAUAAAUUGACAUUUGCCGACCUUGCGUUUAUUCCUUGGCAAAAUGCUGCGCAGAAAUUCUUUUCUGAAGAGGGUUUCGAUCAGAACGAGUUUCCCCACGUGCGGCGUUGGUUAAAUCGCAUGAAUGAGAGGCCAAUUGUAAAGGAUCUUGCUGAGAAACAGGAACAGGCCAUGAAAGAAAGAAUGCCUCAGGCACGUGCGGAUAAUUGA